CUCUCGUGUCGUAGCUGAACGGCAAGGUUGUUGGUUGAGCUCUUCUUCUCUUCUGCAUCUCUCUCUCGCUCGCUCGCUCUCCCGCGGCUUCGAGUUCUAAGCUAGAGGACAUCAUGGAUCCAUCAGAAAUGAGGUACUUGGAAGAGGAAGAUAGCCCGAUGGUGAAAACGUUUAAGGGUAGUGUUUUUGGUUUAGCUGCCGGGACGAUUUAUGGAACCGUUGUGGCUACUUGGAAAGACGUCCCUCGGGUCGAGAGGAAUGUGGCUCUUCCCGGACUCAUCAGAACGUUGAAGAUGAUGGGAAAUCACGGGCUGACUUUUGCAGCAAUCGGGGGCGUCUACGUUGGUGUUGAACAGCUGGUUCAGCACUUUAGGGCGAAGAGAGAUAUUUUCAAUGGUGCUGUGGGCGGUUUCGUGGCUGGCGCUUCAGUUUUUGGCUUUAGAGCGAGGAGCAUAUCGACAGCAAUAUCUGCUGGAGCGGCUCUCGCAGUCACGUCUGCAUUGAUCGAUUCCGGAGGUCAGACCACUAGAGUGGAUAACGGCUGAGAAUACUACCCUUAUACCGUCAAGAAAAGGGCUGGAGCCGACUCCUGAUUUUCACCUUGGUGACAAGCCAGGAGAGAGCUCUUCCUGUGGAAGAAUUAGGGUUUCCCCAUGUGGUAGAAGUGCACUCUCUCUCGCUCGUCGUGCGCUAUCUGAGAUCUCUCUUGUUUUUUUUUUUUUUUUUUUUUUUUUUUUUUUUUUUU